UUGCAGUCGUGCGGGGAGAUGCUUGCUCGUACGGGUGUGGGGAACAUGUCCCCGCUCACAUGAGUCGUCGAGAAGGGCCCUCCCGGAAAACGCAUAAAUAGCGAGGGUGUCCACCGCCCCUUCCCAAAUUCCUCACCACCUCCACAGCUCCAUCCUCCUCAUCCUCUCCUCAUCCAAGGAAACCCUCCCACAAGAUGCAGAUCAUCAAAGCCGCCAUCGCCAUCCUGGCCGUUGCCCCCGCCGUCCUGGCUCAAAGCUCCACCUCCACCAAGACCCCCGUCGCCACGCCGACCGUCGCCCCCACCACGGGUGUCAAGACCAAAACCUUCUCCGGCCAGGGCACCUGCACGAACCCGUUGAUCCGCAAAGAGUUCCGCGAACUGAACCCUACUGAACGCCAAUCCUUCAUCGACGCCGUCAAAUGCCUCCGUGACCCCAAACGCUCCCCGUCGGUGAUCAAGACCAACAAGUCGCCCACCAUGUACGACGACCUUGUCUUCCUGCACGGGCAGUUCGCGGACGUCACGCACCGCAGCGCGCAGUUCCUCCCGUGGCAUCGCCAGAUGCUGGCGUUGAUGGAGUACUGGUUGCGCGCGCAGUGCGGGUACCAGGGGGCGUUGCCGUACUGGGACUGGACGAUCGAUUCGCAGGCUCCCGAGAGGUCCGAGUUGUUUUCCGCGCAGUGGUUCGGCGGGAACGGGAAGCAGGCGUCGAACUGGUGUGUUACGGAUGGACAGUUUGCGGACACGUUGACUACUUUCGUGGUUGAGAGUGGGAAGCACUGUAUUCACCGGAAAUGGUCCGGCGGCUCGAGCUUUGGGAAACAGUUCCCGUCGCUUGCUUCUGCGCCGUUUGUGCAGAAUCUGUUGGAUACGUCCAAGGAUUCUUACAACACUUUCCGUGAGAACCUCGAGUUCGGCCCGCACAACCGCGUGCACGCCACCAUGGGUGGCGACAUGGGGUACACCAACAUCAGCCCCAACGAUGUGCUCUUUUUCCUCCACCACAACAAUGUCGACAGGACCUGGGCGAGGUGGCAGACGGCCAACCCGACCCUCGCCGCCACCUACAACGGCCCGUCGAACCCGGCGUCGGAGGCGAUGGAUGCGAAAGCGACCGAUAUGAUGCCGUUCGGUGGCCUGUACCCCGACAUCCCCGUCAACAAGGUGUUUUCGACCACGUCCGGAGAUAUCCUUUGCUACAAGUUCUCCAACUCCGUCGCGCCCAACUCGGUUGCUUUCAACAACAAGGCCGCUCUGUCUGCACGUAACGCCCGCCGCGCCGCCCCCGCCAACGUCACCGCCACCCUUGCGGCUGCCCAGGCGAUCACACCCAACCCCUCCGACCGUGACGACAAGCUCCGUCUCCGCUCCACGGUCCCGCUCACUGACGCGUGGUUGCAGCAGAUGAAGUUUACGCCCAAGCAGGUCGCCAAGAUCCGCGCCGACGAGGAGUACGCUGAGAAAUUCGUCGCGGCUGUUAACGCUGCCGGAUACGUCUCCCAGAACGCGUUGACUUUCACCGAGGCGGCGGAUGAUGUCCGCCCCAGGACCGCGGAGGAGUCGGCCCUGCACGCUCGCUUGUUGAGCAUCCUUGCGAGGAACGUGAAUGCGUUCAUCAAGGGGGACAAAUCGACCCCGGCUGUGACUGAUGCGAGCUUUGUUGCGCUUAACAAGCUUUGGACCAAGGCUUAGAGUUUGUAGACCUCCACGCUAGAUUGGUCGCCUUUUACCUCUUACCGCACAUUAGAUUUAGACGGCAUGAUUUUGGUCUUCCCCAUCCCGCUAUAGUAAUUUAUUCCGUUCCACAUAGUUCUUAGAACAUCCUAGAUUUCAAAUACAUAUAUGAGCAAUAGAAUCCAUCUCGCUUAUGCAUAACUCAAAUGAUUCUUCACAACGCACCUGGGAUAACUAUCGUUUGAUUUCCCCCUCACAUUUGCGACAAAAAGCAGUUUGGAACUGUCAC